AGGAGCUGGGGUGGGGUGUAGGACUGAGUACCCCAGCCCUUCCAGGGCAGCUGCAUCAGUCACAGCCCCCUGGGCACCUGGCUGGCUCUGCCCAGGCUUCCCCAGAGCCCAGGUGAAGGUGAGUCAUCGGGCAUCUGAGUGACAGGGCCCCCAGGAAGGCAGCCCAGGAUGGCGAGGCCACUGGGGGCCUGAUUCACAGCUUUCCGGGAAGCAGGUUAACGGGAUCCCGGAGCCCCGGACUGGCCCAGGUUUCCCGUUGAGUCAUGGCAGGGUAGCCAGAGGCCCCUGGAGGCAGGAGCCGUUACUGAGUCUUAGGGCAGCCCCCACCUCCCCAAGGCCCUGGGGCCUCCCCAACACCCCACACCUGAGACCCCGGCCCUGGGGUCUGAGCGCCUUGCCUUCCACACUCGGAACCCCUUUCUUUCAAGCCGUGGGGACCCUUCUCUGCUACACCUCCCCCCCCAAGUCAAUGUCAAGGCCAUGGCCUAGACCACUGGGCCCAGGUCGCCUCGCCUGCCUCUCCAGAGGCCGGAUCCUGGGCCCAUAGCCGGGGUCCUGAGUCCCAAAUCCAAAGGCCUGAGUCCACUGAUCCAGACCCUAGGAAGGGGUCUCAGCUAGAGCCCCCAGACCCCCUAACGGCUCAUUUCCUCCCCGCAGCCCCACCCCCUCCCCGUGACCUACAGCCCGGGUGGCAGGGACUGAGCCAUCACUCGGGGGACUGGUCCGACGGCAUUCCGCCUCUCAGGAUAAAACCCGGCGCGACCUGCAGGCAGGUCUGCACACUCCUGUCGUGGCCAGCACAGCUUCCCGGCCGGCUGUGCUCCCACCCCUACCCGCCAUGGCGAUUUCCAGAACUCCCCCAGCCCUGGGUGGGGGCUGUCUCAGGAUCUUGACCCCCCUGCUGCUUCUGGCUUCCAUAGCCACCCUCGAUGCUGCCUACACACCUGCCCCCCCGGCCUGUGGGAAGCCGCAGCAGCUGAACAGGAUCGUGGGCGGUGAGGACAGCGCCGAUGCUGAGUGGCCCUGGGUCGUGAGCAUCCAGAAGAAUGGGACCCACCACUGCGCGGGCUCCCUGCUCACCAGCCGCUGGGUGGUCACUGCCGCCCACUGCUUCAAAGGCAAUAUGAACAAGCCACUCCAGUUCUCCGUGCUGCUGGGGGCCUGGCAGCUGGGGAACCCGGGCUCGCGAUCCCAGGAGGUGGGUGUUGCCUGGGUGCAGCCCCACCCCGUGUACUCCUGGAAGGAGGGCUCCCGGGCAGACAUUGCCCUGGUGCGCCUCGAACACCCCAUCCAGUUCUCUGAGCGAAUCCUGCCCAUCUGCCUGCCUGACUCCUCUGUCCAUCUCCCUCCGAACACAGACUGCUGGAUUGCAGGCUGGGGGAGUGUCCAAGACGGAGUGCCCCUGCACCACCCACAGACUCUGCAGAAGCUCAAGGUGCCCAUCAUUGACUCAGAAAUCUGCAGCCGCCUGUACUGGUGGGGAGCUGGGCAGGGAGCCAUCACAGAGGACAUGCUGUGCGCUGGCUACCUGGAGGGGGAGCGAGAUGCCUGUCUGGGAGACUCCGGGGGCCCCCUGAUGUGCCAGGUCGACGGCACCUGGCUGCUGGCAGGCAUCAUCAGUUGGGGCGAGGGCUGUGCGGAGCGCAACCGGCCCGGCGUCUACAUCAGCCUGACUGCCCACCGCUCCUGGGUGCAGAAGACCGUGCAAGGGGUGCAACUCCGUGGGCGCUCGCAGGGGAGCGGGCUCGCGGGGCGCCGAGGACGGGCUCCAAGGGCGCUGCGCGCUCCGAGGGCCGUCCAGGGCCGUCUGGGUUAGGAAUCUAGGGGGACAGGGCGGCCUGGGACACCCCAGCCGCCUGACCACGUGGCGUUUCCUCCGUUGUAAAUAAGCCAUCUACCUCCGGGGGGCGCCCGCGGGCCGGCGCCGGACCGCCUCCCCGGGAGGCCCCGCCCCCGCCCCGCCCCGCCCCGCCCCCGGGCUGAGGCUCCACCCCCGGCGCCCGGAGCGCCUUCGGGUAAAUACAUGUUAAUAAUUUUUACAGUUAUUUGUAACCCCGCCCACAUAUCUUAUUUAUUCCUCCAAUUUCAAUAAAUUAUUUAUUCCCCA